AAAGAGUUUUGCUAUGUGCGUGGGGAAAUAAAAAUGAACCAGUGUAUUGCAGUAAAUGUUGUUAUAGGAGGAAUUUUGUGGACAACGUGUAACUUAAAAUGGUGGCCUUUUAAUUAAUUUCAUGCUGCGCAUCGUCGAUUACAAACAUAAAUCACGUACGGGCCCUGUUUAAGUAAUAAUUGUUUCGCUUGUUUGUGAGUAAUUAAACGUUCUAUUACAAUUAUUAUUAUCAUAAAGACAGAAAUUCAGCAUUUUAAAACUAAAAAGACCAUUAACGUGUUUGUUGUGGUUAGAUUUAGCAGGAGAUGUGUUCGAUUGGGCAUGCCUGAAAAAGUUGAACUACAUGAUCGGCCAUUGGUUUGAAUGCCACACUCAUGUAGCUAGUCAGUUUGAACGCUGGAUGGUACAGCAGGGUCACCUUUUCGUCUUAUGAAACGGUGGAUGGUUUUCUUUGAGGAUGUUUGUGCAUGCGUUUUAUUGUUAUUGUUGACGUCGUUGAAAGUGUCAAGGGAAUAUGUUCGACUGAGCUGGACUGUUAUCAGUAGACAGAUUGUUGUGACAGGGCGUUGGUAACGAACGAUAGACGAUAGCUGGGCGCAACAAACCUUCUUUUAUGUGGCUGUCAUGAACAGAUAAUGUGAAAUAACUGUCAAAACGAAGACUAUUGCCUUUCCCACUGGGCAGAUCUCUAACUACCAACGAGGGAUGCAGCUGUUCCGAAGAGACCGGUCACUUCUUUGACAUUUGUGUUAUAUGUAUCAGACUAGCAUUUCAUUCAUCUCGUUUACUAAUUGUAGCAAGGGAAGUUAAAAAUACGUUAUCUGUCGUUGACCAGUUUGGUUCGUCCUUUUAAAAUAUGGUGCAUUCGAUAAUUGUGUGUCAGUUAACAUUUUGAGUUGUGUUUCUAUGCGGUUGCCCACCUGACAGCUAGGUUUCUCUAACAGGAUGAGACUAUUUAAGUUGACAAGAUGCACAGCAGCGAAUCUACUGAAGCGCAGGAACAUACACUGCUGUCAAAAUCGGACUUACUGGGUGGAAAGUACGGUUCUAAAGGGACCACGAAAGAGACGAGAAUACGUCGUGUCACGUCCUCUGCCACUUUAUAGUUUUGAGUCAGUCACGUCGCCAAUGCCCUGUAUUCGACUUGGAGAGGUUUCAGCACCCCACCAUGUAUGGACACUCUCGACGCACAAACUAAACUAUUAUAGUACCUCCACUGAUUCGAGGCCAGCCACACAAGAUGGGGUAGAAAUAAAGGACAACAAAACCAAGAUUGAUAAAAGUCUUAUGCCAGUACCAUCUGAGGACAUCCGACGGCUGUUGCACCUGGCGCACCCGGAGCGGUGGCGCUUGUCUGCGGCUAUGGGUUUCCUAGUGGCCUCCAGUGCUGUAACCAUGUCAGCUCCCUUUUUCUUGGGGAGAGUUAUCGACACCAUCUACACCACCCCUGCCGCAGACUUCAGUGCCUCCCUCAGCUCCCUGUGCCUGAUGCUGGCCGGAGUGUUCAUCUGUGGAGGAGUUGCUAACGCUGCACGGGUGUACCUCAUGCAGAUCUCAGGGCAACAGAUUGUGCGCAACCUGCGCGAAUCUCUCUUCACCUCCAUCGUCAGACAGGAAGUCGGGUUCUUUGACAAGACUCGCACUGGGGAACUCAUCAACCGCCUGUCGGCCGAUACAACCAUUGUGGGACGCUCGCUGACGGACAACCUCUCAGACGGCCUGCGCUCAGUCGCCCAGGCAGGAGUGGGUGUCAGUAUGAUGUUUUACGUGUCCCCCAGUCUGGCUGCGUUUGUGCUGAUGAUUGUGCCGCCCAUGGCUGGCCUGGCCGUGAUCUACGGCAGAUACCUGCGCUCCAUCUCCAAACGCACCCAGGAUUCGCUGGCUGAGGCCACACAGCUGGCCGAGGAGAGGAUCAGUAACCUGAGAACGGUGCGAGCGUUUGGGAAGGAGCGGAGCGAGGUGGAGAAGUACGUGGAAAGGAUCAACUACGUCUUCCAGCUGGCCAAGAAGGAGGCUGUGCUGAGGGCCGGCUUCUUUGGGAUGACUGGCCUCAGUGGAAACAUCAUGAUCCUGUCGGUGCUCUACAAGGGUGGCUUGCUGACUGCCAGUGAACAGAUGACUGUGGGAGAGCUUUCCUCUUUCCUCAUGUAUACCUUCUGGGUGGGCAUCAGCGUUGCAGGUUUCAGCUCCUUCUACUCAGAGCUGAUGAAAGGCUUUGGUGCUGGAGCCAGACUGUGGGAACUAGUGGACAGGAAACCAGAGUUUCCCCUCGAUGAGGGUAUAUCUUUGAGGCCGGAGCAGUUCAAGGGCCAGCUGCAGUUCCACAACGUGUCCUUCGCCUACCCGACCCGCAAAGAAGCACCCAUCUUCCAGGACCUGAGCCUGGUGGUGCCGGCUGGAUCCGUCAUGGCUGUGGUGGGGCCCAGCGGGUCGGGCAAGUCCACAAUGGUGUCCCUGCUGCUGCGCCUGUAUGACCCAGACUCUGGUAUGAUCACUAUUGAUGGCAGAGAUGUGCGGGAACUUAAUCCUUACUGGCUGAGGAGUCAUAUUGGAACUGUCAGUCAGGAGCCUGUGCUCUUCUCCAGCUCCAUAGCAGAGAACAUAGCAUACGGUGCAGUGGACCCCAGGAAUGUCACAGCUCAGGACAUCUACCGUGCUGCCCAGAUCGCCAAUGCUCACGACUUUGUUCAAGGCUUCCCCAAAGGCUUUGACACCAUGGUGGGAGAGAAGGGCAUUCUUCUGUCAGGUGGUCAGAAACAAAGAAUUGCCAUAGCAAGAGCUCUGCUUAAGAACCCCAAGAUACUCCUUCUUGAUGAAGCUACAAGUGCAUUGGAUUCAGAGAAUGAGUACCUGGUGCAGGAGGCACUGGAGCGUCUGAUGGUGGGCCGCACGGUGCUCAUCAUCGCCCACCGCCUCUCCACCAUCCAGAACGCCGAUGCUGUCGCCGUGCUGGACAAGCACCGCGUCGUUGAGUGCGGUCGCCACGCCGAGUUGCUAAGCAACCGCGAUGGACUUUUCCGGAGGCUGAUGGAGAAGCAGGCCUUCAUGCAUGACGAGCAGAAACAGAUCCUGUGUAAAUAAGGCAUCAUGAUGCCCCCCACCCCAACCCCCAGAGAGUAUGAACUGAGACUGGUCAAAGGUCUCCAGGACCACAGACUGAUGGUGAAGUAUCUGGCUGUAUUUGUUUCUAGCACAUAUAGAUUCUUCAGAGGCUGAAGUACAGUCAUGGGGCUGCCUGAAGCUGACCGGUGCUUUGGGGUCGGAGUGGGGAGGGUUUUUUUUUUUCCCUGAUAUAUUUAAAAAUAGGGUAAGGGAGGUUUGGAAAACUACUCUUUGACAAAGGGAAAAGAAGAUGAACCAUGCUUGAAGACCUCCUCAACAGCAAGAAGACCGUAAGGAAAGUGCUACAGGACAUCACGCACCGCGCCAGUCAGUCUGUGCGUCCACUUAUCAAACCUGCCUUAUUUUUAUUUGCUCCUGAGAUACUGAAAGACACACACACAGUAUGCCACGUUUUUAUGACUGCACAAUGUAUUUUUAUGUUGUAUCCAAAAACUUGAAAGCUACUGUACAGUAUAUGAUGGUCUGCUGUUGGAACACUACACAGUGGCCCCUAGGUGUGAAGGCUUUAUUUGACGGGUUUCAACUGUACACUCCCAAUUAUAACACACAGCAUUAUUAUGUUGUUAUUGGCCUUUGUAAAACAUACCUUGUUUUUUUUCUUCUUCUUCAGCUAGCCUUUCCAACAUUCCAGGUUGUCAAAGAAAUUACAGUGAUUUUGGCACAGUUGCUGGAAGUCUUUUUAAUGGCGUUUGCACGUCCAGUGCACUCUGAAACUCUUAGGAUCAGCUGAUCGUGAAUUUGGAAUUGUCUGUAAUGGCUGACAACCUUUGUGCAUUGAUUGAUCAGAUUCCUGUCCUCUCCUCUCUGGUCAUGUUUAAUUCUGGGUGACAGAGCUAAGAAAGAUCCCGUUACACUGGCAGACCUCAGUAAGUUCACUGCAAAUCAGCUAAAUGACUGCAGAUUUAAAAGAUAAAUCAACCACAAGUGCUGACAGUGAUAUUAUCGCCACUUCUGUUGUGUUCCACUCAGUGAACUGAGCUGCUGCAAGGCGGCCCCUGUGCAAGGCUGUGUAGUCAUGGAACCCACUGGCUGUACCAAACUCCAACCACUAGUUGUUUUGAUGACAAAAUUGGACAAGACUGGAAUUGUAUAAUCAAUUUCAUUUCCUACAUUUUUAUAUUUUAGCCAAGUGGCUAUUUCUGUAGCCAAGUGUUUAAGUUAAUAUGUGUUAGUAUGUGCAUAUCCUCAUCACAAAAUGCUUGAGUGACAGCUGUAUAGCUGUGCAACAGGGUCAGUAUGCCACAGUUUCACUGAAUUUUAUAGAGAAAAACUUUUUAUAUAGAAAAAAACGAAUGUCGUGCCUAGAAUGCAAAUACUAUGUGUCUCUUUUUGGAUGCUUCUUUGUGGCCACGCCAUAAUUUGUUAGCAAUAGAUGAACAAUAACAAGGACAACCUGUCUUUGUUUUUAUACAUCCAUUAGAGUAAAGUGAGUACAAAGGAACACAAUUCCUAUUAACUGAGCAAGUUACUGCACUGGCUUGAAUGACGCACACUUUAUUGACAGCUUAAAAAAAGAAGUAUAUGUCUGAAGUAUAUAUAUGUUGAAUAUCAUACGUAUCAACCCGUCUCUAUUUUUUAUGUAUGAGCAGAGAAAUUAUUUAAUCAAUAUGAAGAUAGUUUUGUGUGAUAAAUUAUUAGGUAUUGAAGUAUAAAUUAAAAAUGUACUGCUGAA